CGUUUGUUUAUUUUUGAAUUUGAAUUCUUUGAAAGACUGUGACCGCUGUGUUUUGCUCGUGUUAUUGUUUCGUAAAAGCGAAUUAUUUACAGCAUUAGUGUUUUUGUGUUGCAAAAGUGUUGUUUACUUUGUGUUAAAUAAUAAUCGAAGUUACGAAAAAGAUAUCACACAACUAUGGAGAGAACACAAGCUUUUACCGUCGAAAACUUCAUAGGUAAUUGGAAUGGAGACUUUCCAAAUUAUCCAUUAACUGCCGCAGACCUGAAGAAGCCUCAUGCAGUGAUGGGCGCACUGUUCCAAGUGUUUGACAGGCUCGGUAUAGAUAGAGACGCUAUACUUUCUCCACCACCAGAAGAGAAUCGCAACGAGAACACCAUCUACUACUGGGACUUGCUCCCAGUCAUCAACAUGACACGCGUCAUCAACCACCUGGUGUCCGUAAUGCCGCAGGUUGACGCUACCAUCAGCGUCAUACACUUCCUACAGCCUACAGCUACUACGUCACAUUCUAUACUGCUACUACUGUUUAACUUGAUGGUGUUCAAUGAGGAACGGUUGAGGGAUAUUGCACCGCAUGAAGAGGAAUUGUUUGCUAAGACUGAUCAGGUCAAAGCUCUUGAGGAAAGGAAGAACAAGCUUCUAGAAAUGCUUAAUGACCAGGCUGAAGAGAAGGGAAAGCGUGCCGAGAGAUUAGAGAAGCUUGAUCAUGAUAUAAAAUCAUAUGAGGAAGACUUAAAACAAGAGAAGGAGGUUCAUGAUGAAGAGAAACUGGAGUUGGAAGCUCUAUUAAAGGAGAACCGACAGACUGAGAUGCUGUUGGAACAGAAGAAAACUCAUAGAGAUGCAUUGGUUGCUGAAGUGGCUAGGAAGAGGGCAUUGAGGGUAUACGACGCUGACGACAUACGAGCUCAAGCCGAGCAGGCCGCACAGAACGUACAAGAAGCAGAAGAGAAACUAAACUCCUUGCGAGCCACUCUCAUGCAGAAGGAAAACAGUCUCAAGAACUUGCAGAACAUUAAACCGAACCUUGACACGGCUAAUAACUUGUUACAUGAGAUCAUGAAGCUAUCUGAUAGUCUAAAGGACUUUGAGUCGGGCGACUUAGACUCUGACAGUAAGGAGGGUGAGCUGGACGUCCUCAACACUGAGCUGGGCGAGCUGCAGGCGCAGCUGAGCGAGCUGCAGGCCGCGCGCGAGCAGGCCGCGCGCCAGCGGGCCGCCGCCGGGGACAGGAGGCAGCAGGACAAGAACCUCGCGCUAAGUGCUUUACGUGAAGCAGAAGAAAAGGACAGGAAACUUCGAGAACGUUCUAAAAAGGCCCAACAACGUACUGAGGAGAUUAAGGAACUGACGACCAAUUACGAGGCUCAGAAGAACGCGGGCCUCGAGGAACUAGCCAGUAUCAAGAACGACUUCUGUAAUGACUUGAAGGCUGUGGACGAAUUGUUACUGAAGAAAGCUGUAGAAGCAGAGAAAAAAGUUCAAGAUAAACUGAAAAACCGAUAUAUUUAAGAAAGCUUUAGUUUAAGUAUGUUUUAGUGCUGGACACUGCCUUUAUAUCCUCAUAAUUAUAAUGUAGAUAUCUUCAUCAAUUGAAAUUGGUCCUUAUUUCAGAUCAAUAAAGUUCAUUAUAAUAAUUGGCCAUUUUCACUGAUGUGACUGCAUCAUCCAAAUGAAAUAAUUUACUUAUAAGAAAAUAAAAUGUAUUAUUAACAGGUA